GGCGCCGCCGGCCCUCGCCGUCAAGAAGAUGCUGGACCCGGACAUGGAGGGCGGGGACGAAGAGUUCACCAACGAGGUGCAGAUCAUCAGCCACCUCCGGCACGGGAACCUGGUGCCCCUCCGCGGCUGCGGCAUCGCCGCCGACGAUGUGGAGGAAGGGAAGCAAAGGUUCCUCGUCUACGACUUCAUGCCCAACGGUGCGCUCGAGGACUUCAUCUUCAGGGACAUGGAACCGGCGGCCAAGCGGCCGCCGUUGACUUGAGCACAGCGGCGGAGCAUCACCCUGGACGUGGCGAGG